AUGGAUAAAAGUUGGAUCGAUCUACCCACUGGUCAUCAUGAAUAUAUCGACGGUUGUAUGGAAUUUAUUGAGUUUGCCAAGCAAGAUCUAGUCGAAGGAAAAAUUAGAUGUCCAUGUAAGAACUGUAAGGUAGAGAAAUGGUUCUCCGUAAAUGAAGUGGAGAGGCAUAUUUUGUUUAAGGGAUUUUAUAAGCCAUAUAAGGAUUGGAUUUUUCAUGGUAAAGGGGAUACGUUUCAGCGUAUGUUUGAGAGUGAUGGAGGGAUUACUAGUGAAGGAUCCCUUGAUAACCAAAGUGGGUUUGUAGGUCGAGAUAAUAUGGGAGGGCUAUUAAGAUCAGCAUUUAGUGUUAAUAUGCCUCCCAAUUGCCCAAAUUUAGAAGCACGAGAGGAUGAUGAAUGGAUUGAGGAGCCCUUGGCCUAUGACACAGAUGUAGAAUAUGAUUAUUCUACAAUAGAAGAAGAUGUGACAUAUAAGAAGUUGCUUGAAGCUUCUGAGGAGAAAUUGUACGAGGGGUGUAUCAAUUUUUCAAAGUUAUCUUUUCUGUUACACUUGUUUCACUUGAAGUGUAUGAAUCACUGGUCCAUAGAAUCUUUCAAUAUGUUGUUGAAGCUAAUUCUAGAUGCAUUUCCUCAAAUACUUGAUUUUCCCUCUUCUUAUUAUUACAGUAAGAAAAUGAUAAAAGACUUGGGCCUUGGGUAUGAAAAGAUUGAUGCUUGUCCGAAUAAUUGCAUGUUGUAUUGGGGUGAAUUUUUAAAGAAAGACAAGUGUCGUGUUUGUGGUACAUCGAGGUGGAAGAAAACUAAGGAUAGGGGCAACGUUGUAAGUGAUCAAGGUACGGAUACUUGUAAGAAAGGUGUGCCAACUAAGGUAAUGCGAUAUUUCCCUCUUAUACCGAGACUAAAAAGAAUCUACAUGUCAUCAUCAACAGCAGAAGAUAUGAGAUGGCAUGAUACAGAGCGAUUGGGUGAAGAUGAUAAGAAGAUUUUAAGGCAUCCUUCAGAUGGCUUAGCAUGGAAGGCAUUUGAUGAGCGUCACAGUGAUUUUGCAUUAGACCCUCGUAGUGUUCGAUUAGGUCUUGCGAGUGAUGGUUUUAAUCCUUACCGUUUAAUGAACACCACUUAUAGUACGUGGCCAGUGAUGUUGAUUCCUUAUAAUCUUCCACCAUGGUUAUGUAUGAAACCGUCUUCUUUCAUUCUGUCCACGCUUAUUCCUGGAAAAUCAGGUCCCGGAAAUGAUAUUGACGUGUAUCUGCAGCCAUUAGUGCAUGAAUUGAAAUUGCUGUGGACAGGGGUUGAAGCUUUUGAUGCUUUUGCCGGAGAGAAAUUUAAUUUGCGUGCGGCUUUGCUUUGGACUAUUAAUGACUUUCCCGACUAUGCAAUGCUCUCUGGUUUGAGCACAAAAGGUUACAAUGCAUGUCCUAUAUGCUUAGAUUCCACGCCUUCUGAUAGAUUUGGGAGCAAGAUUUGCUAUUGUAGCUAUAGAAAAUGGUUACCUGCAGAUCACCCAUAUCGAUGUCAAGGUGACAAGUUUUGUGAGAAGUUUGGAACUAAUGAGUGGGGUAAAGCCCCAUCUCGUCCUAGCGGCACUGAUAUAUUGAGGCAGCAAGAAAAGGUGAAGCAUGUUUACGGAAAGUCGAAGGCACCACCGAAAAAGAGGCAAAGAGGACACGAUGAUGACGAUGAUGUCCAAGAUGAAAGUGACUUUGGUACCAAGAGAAGCAUAUUCUUUGAUUUGGUGUAUUGGGAGCAUAAUCUUCUAAGGCAUAAUUUAGAUGUGAUGCACAUUGAGAAAAACGUGUCUGAGAAUAUUUUAGGAACUCUUCUUAGCAUGGAUAAGAGUAGAGAUAGUAGGAAUGAUCGAGAAGCCCUUGAAGCAUGGAGAAUAAAGUCUCACCUUUGGCUGAGUACUAAUCCUAACGGAGGUGAAUGCAUGCCUCCGGCUUCCUAUUCUAUGUCUACGGAGGAGAAGGAGAGGUUCCUAAAUGUUUUGCAGAAAAUUAAAGUUCCUGAUGGAUAUGGAUCCAACCUUUCUAGUUGUGUGAAUAUGAAGCAAAGGAAGUUGAUUAACCUCAAAAGUUGA